GCAAACAGUGCUGACCAUUUUGGCCGUUUUUGGCCUUCGGAUUGCAAGAGGAAUCGGCGCAUGGUGUCUGCCGCAUUGCGCUGAGCGAUGUUCGUCUACCUGAGCAAGAAGAUCGCCAUACCACACCAGCUGGCAUUGCAGGUGGUCUCCUGGAAUUCCGCUCAAGGAUGGAUUGCUUGUGGUGGUGAGAGUGGCCUGCUCAAGGUGCUGAAGUUGGAGUCCUCCGAUGGCCAAAAGGCGGCGGCCGGGCAGAGCAACCUCUCAAUGAACCAGACCUUGGAAGGUCACCAAGGCACUAUCAUGGUCAUCACCUGGAAUGAAAACUUCCGGAAGUUGACCACGAGCGACCAGAAUGGUCUCAUCAUUGUUUGGAUGCUGCACAGAGGGAUAUGGUUCGAGGAGAUGAUUAACAAUCGCAACAGAAGUGUGGUGCGGGACAUGAAGUGGAGUGCUGAUUGCCAGAAGAUCUGCAUCAUCUACGAAGAUGGCGCUGUGAUCGUUGGCACUGUAGAUGGACAAAGGCUGUGGGGCAAGGAGGUGAAGACGCAGCUGGCGUUUGUGGAGUGGUCCCCGGACGGCAAGAACAUCUUGUUCUGCACCCUCAACGGCGAGGUGCAUGUUUACGACAACGAAGGCAUCUAUUCACACAAGGUGCCCAUCUACUGCCUAGACAGCGGUACCGAGGGUACCGUGGCCAUUGCGGGCAUCGACUGGUUUGCGGGGCCCAGCGGACCUGACAACCAGACCCCGGCGCUCUGCCUGGGCUUCGAGAACGGCCGGGUGCAGAUCAUGCGAAGUGAUGCAGACGACAAGCCGGUUUUGCUGGACACACAGCUGCGCUGCACCGGCCUGAAGUGGGACCCCAAUGGCUCAGUGGUAGCCAUUGCGGGGGUACAGGCGGGCGCUGCGGCGAGCGACCGUGAGGUGGGCGUGGUUCAGUUCUAUGCACCGAGCGGGCAGCAUCUUAGAUCUCUGCGAGUGCCCGGGCAGAACCUGCGGUCCAUCUCCUGGGAAGGCAGUGGUCUCCGUUUGGCACUCGCCGUAGACUCCCACAUCUUCUUUGCAAACAUCAGGCCAGAUUAUCUCUGGGGCUUCUUCUCGCGCACCCUGGUGUAUGCGGUGCUGCGCAAGGAGCGGAACGAGCAUGUCGUGGUCUUCUGGGACACUCAUAGUGAUGAAAAGUACACCAAGUACAUCAAGCACGUCACGCACAUAAGAUCUUCGGAGGAGUACUGUGUCCUAGUGACCAAGGCGGACGACUCCAGCGGUCAGCACAUUGUCAUUGUAUGCAAUGACAUCGGCAGUCCGGUGGAUUCCAAGUAUAUGCAGCUGGAUCCAGCACACGUGGCGAUGACAAACUCGCAUGUCAUUGCCACGUCCGAGGAUGUGGUGUACAUUUGGAAUUACCGCAGCAGCGUGUCCCGGCAAGCGCAGGGAGAUCUGGCUUCGGCGGCUGGCAUGGGCAUCAAGCAGAGAAGAGCAGAAAUGAUGUUUCACAUCGAUGAAUCUUUUGCCCCUGGCACUGGUACGCAUGACAAGGAGGGCUUCGUGCCACCGUCCUCCACUACGCAGGAUCCCAUCGCCUGCAUUUGCGCCACGGAGCAGUGCCUGCUGAUCGCGCGGGAGAGCGGGGUGGUGCAGCGCUAUGCCCUGCCUCACCUGGCUCUGGAAGCGCGGUUCACCAUCCGCUGCCGGCCACAGGUCAUCGCCGCCAAUUGCGAGAGCACACGCAUGUCGGUUAUCGACAUCAACGGUGUUCUCCUACUUUUCGACAUCGAGGUGAAAACCAGCACCUUCGGGGAUAACAGGAGUCCAUCCGGCGAGGACGGGCCAGGGAAGCAGCUGGACUUUGAGCGAAAGGAUGUGUGGAACAUGAGAUGGGCCAGCGACAACCCAGACCUCUUCGCCAUCAUGGAAAAGACGCGGAUGUACAUAGUUCGAGGCUUGCAGCCAGAGGAACCCGUCCUUUCCAAUGCCUACAUUUGCGCGUUCAAAGAUUUGCAGAUUCAGAGUGUGCUCAUUGACGAGGUGAUCCAAAACCCGGAGAAUCCGCGGAAGGAGGUUCUCCUGGAUUUUGAGACGAAGAGCUUGAGGGACACCAGGGACAUCUUGACCAAGGUCUCCAACCUGAAGGAUGCCUUCAAUUAUGUGGAUGCGAAUCCGCAUCCUAGGCUUUGGAGGCUGCUGGCGGAGGCGGCUUUGGAGCAGCUAGAGUUCUCUGUGGCAGAGAAGGCCUUCGUGCGCUUCGAGGACUAUCAGGGCAUUCAGCUCGUGAAGCGCCUGCGGCUCUUGGACGACCGCGUCAAGCAGAAGGCCGAGGUGGCUGCCUACUUCCAGCGGUUCGAUGAGGCUGAAAGCCUGUAUCGGGAGAUCGACCGCAAGGAUUUGGCCAUCGACCUCCGCGUCCGGCUGGGCGACUGGUUCCGCGUGAUUCAGCUGGCCCAUGGCGCCAACGAGGACCUACUGCACCAAGCCUGGAGCGCCAUUGGUGACUACUACGCGGACCGCUGCAAGUGGCACAACGCUGCCAAUUACUACGCCAAGGCUGGCAACAACGCAGCCCUGGUGGAUACAUACUACUUUUUGGAGGACUAUGAUGCGCUGGAGCGGCUCAUCUCCGGGCUCCCGGAGGGUAGUCCACUUCUGACGGAGGUGGGCAACAAGUUUGCCUCCGUGGGUCUGUGCGAGCAGGCCGUCCAAGCCUUCUUGCGACACGGCGACGUGAAGACGGCGGUCGACACGUGUGUGCUGCUAAACCAGUGGGAGCUGGCAGUCAACCUCGCGCAGCAGCAUAACUUCCAGCAGAUCGAAGGUUUGCUCGCAAAGUAUGCGCAGCACCUCCUCGACAAGAACAAGAAGAUUGAGGCGGUGCAACUCUACCGCAAGGCGAGCCGCCAUACGGAGGCUGCCAAGUUGCUCAACCAGAUGGCAAAGGAGAUGCCAGGUGGGGCUCAGCGCCAUCCCGAUCGCAUCAAGAAGCUGUACUUGCUGGCGGCCCUGGAAGUAGAGAAGUUUAAGAACAAGACGUUGGAUGCCCAGAUGACAGGCGCCACCCAGGGCACAAUGACGACAGCGCAGACGCUGCAGUCCCUUGUCACGCAGGACCAAAUGGCAUCCAGUGACCGAGCGCUGGAGAGCCCGUGGAGAGGGUGCGAGGCCUUUCACAUCUACCUUUUGUCCCAACGGCAGCUGUAUGAGGGCCAGUUCGAACAGGCCAUGAAGACGUCCCUGCGGCUUUCAGAGUACGAGGAUAUCUUGGACACGCAGACCAUCUAUUCGUUAAUCGCGCUCACCACCUACUACAACAAGUUCUUCAUGCAGUGCUCCAAGGCGUUCAUCAAGCUUGAGGCCUCGGCAGAUGUCUCGGACGAGAUGCGGACGAAGUUCGCGGAUCUGGCGCUGAGCAUCUUCACGCGGAACGUGCCGCGGGAUCCCUCCAGCCAGAUGUUGCCCUGCCCCAAGUGCCACCAGCGGAUACACGACUGGUGCAUCAGUUGCACCAGCUGCAACCACCGCCUCGCCUUUUGUGUGGCAUCGGGCCGCUCCAUUUUCCCGGAGGACCGGGGAGGUGUCCCGUUGCCACCCGGGGCUUCAGGUGGCGAGACCAUCAAGUGCCGCUGCUGCCGACAUCGAAUGUAUGGGACGGAGGUGCGGAAGCUGCGGAACUGCCCGCUCUGCCACUCGCGGCUGGAUAUUUCGGCCAUGCAUUGAGCCAGCUCAAAACCUGAGCGACGCCAUUGCCGACAUUCUCACCGCCCGCACCGCGCAAAGUGGCGCAGUGUACCGGUUGGCCGGUGGCCACUUAGCCGGUUGUUCAGAUGCCAAAACAGCACAAGGAACGG